AUGGCUACUGACAAGGAACAACCCCAAGUCACCCUUCACUGGCUCAAUCAAUCUCGAUCUCAAAGCUUGCUAUGGCUACUUGAAGAGCUCAAGAUCAAGUUCGACGUCAAGGUGUACCACCGCAACAAGGAAACCUCUCUCGCACCCCCAGAGCUUGAGCAAGUGCAUCCUCUAGGCAAAUCCCCCGUCGUCGUCAUCACGCCGCCUGGCGAGGGCGCUGAGCCAAUUGUCCUCGCGGAGAGCGGCCACUUGGCGCAGUAUCUCUGCGAGCAUUUCCCAGAGGGCCGCCGCCUCGUGCCGCAGAAAUGGAAAGAGGGCAUGGAGGGCAAGAUUGGUGGUGAGACCGAGGCCUGGUUGCGCAACCAGUACUUUUUGCACUAUAGCGAAGGCAGCUUCAUGCCGUAUCUGGUGCUCAGCCUGGUGAUUGGAAAGCUCAAGCAACCCCCGAUCCCAUUCUUCCUCCGCCCAGUCACCACCGCCGUCGCCAACCGCAUCUUUGCAAGCUACAUCUUCCCCAACAUCUACAAGCACAUCAAGUUCCUCGAUCAACAGCUCCGAACCUCCGGCGGCCGCUACAUCUGCUGCGACCACCUCACCGCGGCAGACAUCAUCCUCAGCUUCCCGCUCUUUGCUGGCCAGGGAAGCUUCGACUCCAUGGGUGAAUGGGAAGAGCAGCUGGGUAGCGAGGUUGGGUAUAAGAAAAGUACUGAAACUAUCGCGAAUAUUGAGGCUGAGGCGGGUGAGGCGGGCCAAUGGCGUAGCAAGGUUUGA